AUGGACGCCAACAUUUCUCAGAUACUCCCGUCUUCCAGCACCGAGGCGGGACUGCUGUUGAGGCACUGGAGCGUGACCAAUCUGGUCCUGACUUGCGUCGCCGUCAUUUUCAUCUUGCCGAAGCUUGUCUCUCUCUUACAGAAUGUCUUCUCUCCGUUGCGCUCCAUCCCCGGCCCGCUGCUCAACAAGGUCAGCUCGUGGCCGCUGACCAUUGCCACGCUCAAAGGAACCAGUCACCAUUUUACCCGCAUCUUGCACGAGAAGUAUGGCCCCAUAGUACUUCUAGCGCCUGGUAUAAUCUCUGUAGCCGACGCUGGCGAGAUCCGGCGCAUUAUCAAAUCCGAGGAUUGGGCCAAGUCGCAUGCCAUCUACGGAAACUUCAGGCAGGACCCGGACCGGCCGACGCUGCUGGCCUUUACCGACAAGAAGGCAUAUGGCCGGCGCAAGCGUUUAAUAUCCGGCAUGUUUGGAAUCAAGUGCAUUCGCAAUAUGGAGCCGCUAAUGAGGGAUUGCGUCGCCGUUGCGGUGCGAGAGCUGGGCCGGGCGUGUGACGGGGCCGGGCACCUCGUCCAUGGAUUGGCAAUAGACAUUAUAGGCGUCACCACCUUCGGGCAGAGCUUUCACGUCGUGGAGAACGGCAGCCAUCCUCUGCCGACGCGGCUCAAGCAGGGCCUCAAGCUGGCCGCCUGGAUGAUGCUCAUUCCCUGGAUUCGGAAGCUACCGCUUCUGCCAACGCGCGACCCCUACAUCGAUCAGUUCACGCGCGACAUUGUCAACGGGCGGCGGCGGGAGCUUGCGUCCGGCGAGCGUUCCGGAGCGAGAGCGGACCUGCUGCAGUGGCUCGUCAAGGCGAGCAGCAGCGACGACGACGCGGGCUCCGAGUUCCGCACCUCGGACGUGCAGGACGAGAGCGUGGUGCUGCUGACGGCCGGCAGCGAGACGACGGCCAACGCCGAGCUCUUCACCCUGCUGCUGCUCGCCAAGCAUCCGGCGGCGCUGGAGCGGCUCUACCAGGAGGUCGACUGGUGGUAUCCCGCCGACGACCCGGGGCGGGAAACAGACUGCGGCUACUCUCUGAUGGGCAUGGUCUACCUCCAAGCCUGCAUCAACGAGGCCAUGCGCCUGGUGCCCGGCCAAGCAACCGGAAGCCCCCGCGAGACGAGCCGCGACGAGGUCGUGCUGAACUACCGCGUUCCCCAGGGCACCACCGUCUUCCCCAGCACGCAAGAGGCCCAUACAGACCCGUGUCUCUGGGACCAGCCGCAGCGCUUCAUGCCUGAGCGGUGGCUGGACGGCGCCAUUGACGAUGCCGCGGUGCCCUUCUGGCCCUUUUCGGCUGGGAAUCGCGUCUGCAUAGGCAAGCAUUUCGCCCUCCAGGAGAUGCAUUUGACGCUCGUCACUCUGCUGCGGCACUUUGCCUUUGAACACAUCCCCGGCCAAGAUGAGACGACGGUCUUUCGUGUGGCUCAGCAGUUGCGCGCCGAGGCCUAUUGGAUGAAGGUGAGCAGGAGGAUGAGUGUCAAGGCGGUGGGCGGGGGGGCAUGA